AUGGAUGCAAUGGCACAAGCUAUUGAUCGAUCAGAAAUUAUUAUUAUUUGUAUGAGCGAACAAUAUCGACAAAGCAAUUUUUGUCGAGCUGAAGCACACUAUGCCUUUCAACGACAACGUCGAAUAGUUCCAGUUCUAAUGCAAAAACACUAUAAACCUGAUGGAUGGUUAUUAUUUUUGAUUGGUCAACUACUGUAUAUUGAUUUUACUAAAUAUGAAUUUUUAAGAGCAAUGGAAAUGUUAUCCAAGGAACUUAAAGUUACAGAUGUUACUAAUAGAAGUAUAUCAUCUGUACCUGUUGCACAAGCAAUAAUAGUUAAAGAUCCAUCAACAAGAAAUAAACGUCCACCAAAUAUACUGGAAUGGACACAAUUAAACGUGCAAGAUUGGUUGAUUGAACAUAAUCUUCAACAAAUGUCUCGCCUUCUUGCACAUUGUAAUGGACAAAGUUUAGUUUACUUGAACAAACACAUAAAAUAUGGUGAACCGCAACAAACUCUAAAAUCAUUGUAUGAAGAUUGCAGUCGUCAUUUAGGUGAAACUUUAUCAUUAAUUGAACUAUCUUGUUUGCAGUCAUUAAUUGAUCAACAAAAAAGACUUGUUCGAACAUCGUUGUGUACUCAAGGAGGAAACAAGGGACAGUAA